AUGGGUUCCCCACUGAGUUCUCCUGGCAAGCCCCCCUCCCAAGUCCUCCGCGACCAGCGCCGCGCUGCGCCUGACGUGUCUCCCGUGGCCACUCGUAUGCGUGCUUCCAGCCCCGACAUUCUUGUCCCCUCGUCGGACGAUCCAGACUCGUCCUGCAGCGAUGCAGCGGUGACUUCGACCCCCUACAGCUCCAAGUACCGUCACAGCAGCAACCCUGGCUCUGGCGAAGAUCCCUUCCGCACGCCCCAGCAUUCGGACUCUUCCCCCGACAACUCGCUGUCGACCCCAUCGACUGCUCCCAACAGCGCGGCGUCAGCCUCCGUGGAGCUCUUCCUCGGUCCUCAGCCCCUUUCGUACAUUCAUCUCCGUAACCGCAUCUUGAACGGUGAAGAGUACAACCCCUCGCCUCUGCGCCCCAAGAAUGUCGAUGGCCACGCCGAGGUGCCACCCCUCAUGACUGUCGCCUCCAACUCGAAUGUCAUCGAGCGCCCCCCUCAGGUCACUUUGGUCCCUUCUGAGAAGGUCGCACCCGACGCCAAUGCUCCCCAGCUGUCCAAAUGGCGCCAGGAGCAAUUGAAGAAGGUCAAGCCUAUCCGCCCUGUUGCUGGCGCUCGCGAGCGUCCCAUUCCCCUUCUCCACGGGCCCCUGUCCCUUCCCUAUGCACGCAACCCCAGCGGCGUCGAUGCCACUGUCGCCGACCAGAGCUCGUACAUGUCCCAUGUCUUUGGGCUGCGCGUCGUCAACUCGCCCGAGGACAAAGGCGGCAACUCCAACUCUCGCGUUGCUUCCGAGUCUGCGGGCCGCAGCAACAACAGCGGUGGCGGUUACGCCUCUUCCAGCACCCACCACCACGACAAGUCCAAUCCGUUCUCGCACCCCAACCCCAAGCAACGUCCCAUGGUUGUUCGCGACUACAACCAGGUGAUCGGCAUCAAGAAGGACGUCACCCAGGAAGCCCCCGACGUAAACCAUCUCAAGAUGUCUGCCUAUCUUGCUCAAGCUGUCGAUGCCCGCACCCAGCUCGGUCUGGGCAAGCCUGCCGCUCCCGUGCCCAGCCCUCCUGACAACAAGGGGCGUAUCCCUUCCGACUCGUUCUUGCCUCAGUACCCUGGCAAUCAAGGUGCCGAUAACGAGACGACCACAUUGACUCUUGUCGACCCCUUGACCCAGCAGUUCUACACUGUCAAGGUCCCCAAGAGCUCCGUCGCCGAUCCCGUCAUUGACCUCAGCUCCCACGAUAAGAUUCACACUUCCACUCCCUACUCUGGCAAGGCGGACAGCAGCAUCAACUGGCGCAACAAGGGUUCCCGCUCCAACCAGGGCACCCCCAACCGCAGUACCACCUCGGCCCAAUCCGCUGUUUCUUCCCUCGUUACCACCAAGGAUGCCGGUACUUCCCCUCAAGUCCUCACUCUCGAGCACUUGUACGAGAAGUUUGCUAACAAGAAGGAAGACAUGUCCACCUAUUCGUCUCCCAAGAGCAGCCUCUCCAAGAGCAGUACCCCUGCCUCGGUUCUCAAGGCUCUCAGUGCCUUGAACGACAACUCUGGCCGCAAGGUGCACGUCUCCGAAGCCGAGAGCUCCGCUGCCAACACCAGCAAGUCUAGCCCCACCAAGAAGAAGCGCUCCACCUCUGGCAAGUCCCGCAGCGCUGCUACCAAGACCGAUCUCGUCUCGACUGGCGCGAGUCCCCAGAAGGUCUCAGCUGGCCGCCGCUCGAAGCGCACUGCCAAGAGCGCCGCGGCUUAG